UACACUCAACCUAAUUCGUCGUACUUAUGUUCAGCACUGUAAAUGAGGAAGUCGCAAUCCAUAAUUAUGAUAUAUCAUCAUAUCAUGCACUCGAAAGGGUGGAAGAUGUUCAUGACAAUGGAUUGUCUACUUGGUGUGGUGACGUGUUUAUUAAUAAUAACAGGAUCUGUUGCUUUGGUUGUGACGAGUGGAGGACCUGUUACCACCUUCGUCGGCGGGCAAUCCGAGAUGACAUGCUCCUUCUCUCCUACCAACUCACAAGGGUCAUCAUUUGCUUGGUCUUUUGACGGUCAAAAUGGACACAGCAGUCAGAUCGGCACCUGUGACAUCACACAAUGUACGCCGGCAAAUCCAGCUCGGCACCAAUUGGUCAAAUCGGCUGAUAAUGACAUGGGUAGGAUGAAACUCAUCGUGUUUGAUACGGUUUCAUCGGAUGUUGGGAAUUACACCUGUUUGGUCUCGACCAGUGAGGAUGCUCAAUCGGCCCUGGUGAAACUCAACGUUACUGAAUGUUCUGUCCACCACCCUACCAUAGAUUGCCCCGGCGAAGUAAGUAUCAGUUCUUUCAUGGAUCUCUCAUGUUCGUACCUCACACCUGACCAGUCUCCUAGUAAGCUCACACGGAUCGCCAAUAUAUAUCUUACAGACUCUUUGGAAACUCCCUUUGCAAGCGUGCCGAACUUUGACAUUUAUGUGAACGUCAGCAGGCAGAGUAUUCCAAAUGUCACCGAGGUAGCAACCGGACUGCGACUGACGUCGAUUUGCUGUAGGAGUGAGUCCUCUCUGACAUGCAGGGCACCUGAUGGACAAAACUUAUGUUCUGACGUCUGCAUUACCAAUGUGCUGUAUCCACCUUCUGACAUCGUCUUGACACAAUCCCCACCGGAACCUUGGCAGGAAGGCUCGCAGGAUGCCUCCAUCCUCUGCCAGUCGAAUGGUUUUCCAUCACCAACCGUCGCCUGGCGGAGAGUUCUCUCGGGCGGCUUACCUGGAGAAGUCCUGGCGAACGGUACAGGGAUGUCCAGAUUGUCCUUCCCGGAGAUUCAGCGUCAUCUUGCUGGAGUGUACCGAUGUGAAGCCGAUAAUCACAUGGAGUCGAAAGAGAUAAAAACGAAAAACAUCUCGGUACAAUAUCCCCCACACAUUGAUCGCCGGGUGUCCGUCGUUCAUUCCGAUGAAGGGACCGUAGCCGUCCUAUCGUGUAUCGUCGACUCCAAUCCUUCAACGACAUCAAUGAUCACGUGGUCCACUCCUAACCAAUCACCGAUCGCUACCAAUGUGACACGACACUCUGAGACAGAACUGGAAAGCAGAUUGGUGUUUACAGAGAAGGUCCACAGGGGUGUCUAUGGAAACUAUACUUGUACCGCCAUCAAUGCACUAGGGAGAGAUUCGUUUGUAAUUCAGCUGACUGGAUACUGUUAUCCUGAUCCUCCGUACAACUUGCGAGUUGUCAGCUUCUCGGAUACGUCUCUCACUCUCUCCUGGAGUCCGGGCCAAGAUGGCGGCUUGCCGGUGACGUUCGUCGUUUCUUAUUGUGUCAACGUCACUCAGACGGAAAGGUGUCGCAAAGAGCAGGGUGUAACGGAUCAGCAGUUCACGCUCGAUGGCCUUAACAACUAUACUAUUUACAGAAUUACCUUCCUCGCAGAAAAUGACAUCGGGAGCAGUGGAAAUGUUGACAUCUUUGCAUCUACUGCUCCGGGGACUGUGGAUGAUAUUGGUAUAAGUGCAACAUAUGAGAUGAAAUCGGGAAGACUCGACAUUUCUUCGACUGAAAGUGAUACAAGCGACCUUUGCAUCCAUGCUGAGUAUCAUGUCGGAGGGUUGCGUAAUAGGAAUGAGACGUGUUUACUUCCGGGUCAGACGGUGUACAUCCGGAAUGGCGCCAGAGAGCAUCAGCUUUGGCUGGUUGUAUGUGGGCGUGGCGUGUGCAGCGCUUCAUCUCGUGUGGAGUACCUGGAUAACACCGAUGAAAGAUGGAGUCUGCUUUUCAUCUUGGUUGUUACACUGGGCGGUUGUCUGGGAGUCGUUGUGUUAGUCCUUCUCUUCUUCGGCUUGUAUCGCUUAAUAUCCCAAGAAAGACGAUCAUGGAAUUCUUUGGACUUAGACGGCAUGUCGAGUAUUCAACGUGCUCUCCCCAUACCCCCUGCAUGCGCCCUUGCGAUAGGAAUUGGGUCCUCUUCUCUCAGGAAGGAUGAUGACACGGAAACUCAGAACUAUGAUGCGAUAGAGAACCUCAAGGGUAAGGAAAUAAGUGAUAACCAGCGUAACGCAAGCAUAAAUGCCUCGAAGAACACCACCACUCAAUCAACAACCAAGUCCCCUCAAGACGAUGUGUUUCCUCGUACACCAGACGGCUACAUGAAGAUGGAUGCAGGCAAGACUGCCAUUCCUCAAGACCAAGGCACUUACACCACUCAAUUACAUUCUGGACUUAACUCAGGAAAGGAACCAGAGGCAUUUUCUUACGGAAACACCAUCGACCAGAGUUUCGUGACAAGCAUGAGUUGCAAGGGUGUUGACCUGCCUCGCAUCGAGGUCAACGAUGAUACCUACACUGUCGCCGAACGCAACAAGGAAACCGUUUCUGACUACAUGGUACCGACCAGUCCAGGGUGUGAUGUUCAAGACACUGCAAUGUGACAUUGUAAACAAAAAAAUCCAAGUCAACUGCUCCGGCCUCUUCCACACCCGGACGCUUCCAUGUUUCGUAAGGUUUAAAAGACAGUAAACGCGAUUUAUAUGAGCACCUCUAACCAGCUUUGCACAAAAAUAUUAGACAUCACACUCUCAUUUUGUGAGAUAAAAAGUCACCGGUGUUGUGAAAGGCCAGGGCGCCUCGAAUAUCUUCACUCAUAAAUAAUAUUCUAGGACACAUUCGAUAGCUUUGCGGUAUCUUAUUCAUUCAUUUAUUUAUUUCGUUUUAUUUCAACAGGGUAGCCCCAUCAGUAGUUAAAAUACUGUUAUACUUGGGGA